AUGAGCUUUACACCACGCUACGGCUCGUCUGUAACGAGGGACUACACAUUGCUUCAAGGUCACCCCAGCUCUUAUCAGCACUUUGGUGCUCUUGGAUCCACUCAGCCGCGAGGCACGAACAAUCUCACCUUCACUCGACUAGAUGAUGAUGAUGAUGAUGAAAACCAAAGCACUCACGAUGAUCACCAACAUGAAGAUGGCGACGGCGAUGCUUCUGCAUCCUCUAUUCGCCAUGAUGACUCCACGGACAAUGGCCUCAGCAACAUCUCUCUCCCGCCAAAUCAUUCAGCAGUCGGUAGUGCGCCCGCCUUUAGCCGCAGUGGUCGACUCGCUACAGCACCUGUCGUAUCACCUCGCGCUCGCCGUCCUAGCGUAAACGCUUACUCACAGAUAGCAGGUAUCCCUUCUGAGUAUCUUCUCGGUGGACCUGCACAUCCACCCACACAUCAUCCUGCCACCGCCUCCCAUCUCACACUGGGAGCACCUGUUGCUUCUACCUCUGCUCAAGCUUCACACAAAGCCGCGAGAACAUCUCAUGAGGACGGAAUCGAGGGAAGGAAUGAUGGUGCCGACGCCACAGAAUCUACCUCCCUCUUGCACCGUCGACCGGCACAUCAAGCAGAUGCACAUCAUGGAGCCAGCGGGUUUGCUACUUCGUAUGGCGCCGUCCGACGCUCUUCGAUCGAUGGAGCAAGUAUCAUGAGCGGCGGUCCUGGCGUUAGCGGCUGGGCUGCGGCCAAUUCGAUACGAGAAGCUCCUCUUCCAGGUGUCGAGCAGAUCGAGUCCAUUGCACGCGAAUCUAACAACAAUAUCGCUUGGAGGGAGGCACGAGUCUUGUUUGGCUACACUGUUCCUAUCUUUGCCACGCAUCUCCUGGAACUCUCGCUCUCAGUCGCUUCUGUCUUCUCGCUUGGCCAUCUGGGCACUGUUGAGCUCGCUGCAGCUUCUCUUUCCAGCAUGACUGCCAACGUCUCAGGCUUUAGUGUUCUCUCAGGCUUCAUCUCGGCCUUGGAUACCCUUCUUCCCUCCGCCUACACACAGCAACCCAAGUCGGUCGGUCUGUGGACACAACGCAUGGGUGUCAUCCUCAUCUGCAUUCUUCCCUUCAUCCUUGCCAUCUGGCUCAACGCCGAAGCAAUCCUCAUCCGCAUCGGUCAGGAUCCUGAGGUCGCCUACCUCGCAGGCCGCUAUCUUACCGUCCUCUCUAUUGGCUUGCCCGGAUACGCCCUCUUUGAGGUUUGCCGAAGAUAUCUCCAAGCGCAAGGUCUCAUGCAUGCUCCCACCAUCGUGCUCAUCUUUGUCUCACCACUCAACGCCAUUGCCAACUACCUUCUCGUCUGGGGGCCCGAAUCCAUUCGUCUCGGCUUCAUCGGCGCCCCACUUGCUUCCGCUCUUUCCAUGUGGCUCAUGGCCAUCCUUUGCUUCUUCCAGUGCGUACUCGGCCCUCGUGAUGCUUGGGAUGGUUUCACCACCGCCGCUUUCAAAUGGGAAGGCAUCAAGCCCGUGUUAUACCUCGGAUUCGCAGGAAUGAUCAGUCUGGCAGCCGAAUGGUGGGCUUGGGAGAUUGUCGGUCUGGUUACCAGUCAGCUUGGUGUUGUUGCUCUUGCUGCGCAGUCGGUAUUGCUUGUAAGCUCGUCGGUCACUUACCAAUUGCCGUUUGGUGCCUCGGUGGCCACUGCCGUUCGUGUGGGAAACCUUCUUGGCGCCAACCGACCUGCCGAGGCCAAGAUCUCAAGUAGAGUUGCUCUCAUUCUCUCGCUUGCUAUGGGAGGGCUCAACUCCGCACUCUUCCUUAUCUUCCGCAGGCAGUGGGGAUGGCUUUUCAGCUCUGACAUUGAAGUGAUCAAGCUCGUAGAGUACAUCUUGCCUCUGCUUGCAUUCUUCCAGGUCGCCGACGGCAUUUGUGGUAUCGCUGGUGGUGUCUUGCGUGGAACAGGCAGGCAGGCAGCUGGUGCGGGGAUCAACAUGGUCUCGUACUACGUCAUUGGUAUUCCAAUUGGCCUUGUGCUCACUUUCACUCGCAUCAACCUUGGAUUGGCUGGUCUAUGGUGGGGUCUGACGAUUGCUCUUCUCUUCGGAUCGGCUGGCAUGAUCUGGUUGAUUAGUAUCACUGACUGGGAAUGGGAGGUCAAGAAGGUGCAGUUGCGCAUGGCUGUUGAUGAUCCAGGUGUGGCUGUUCCUGCUCAUGGCGCUGUUAAGCCUGAUGCGGAGGCUGCAUCUGAUCCACGCCUGCUAUCAACCUCUUCGACUGUCGAUGCCAUCAAUAGCCGCGACCCAGCUCUCAGUCCGCUUGGCCUGCGACCCUCGUCUCUCGCUGGGUCAGUCAUAGAGGAAGAGGAAGAUGAAGUGUCGAUCUAA